AAUAAUUGUUUACAUGUUAAUUACUAUUCAUAAAACAUCACCCCGUUACACCAGACAAGUUCUCAAUCAUGGCUCCUCUUGAACCUGCUUUCAAACGCAUAUAUCGACAGCCCGAGUCGAGUGUAAAUGAUAAAGCAGCGAUAUAUGCAAUUAUCGCCAACAAUUUCCAUGGCUCCAGCUGGCUUCUCGCCGCGGCGUUGCUGCAAGGAAUCCUGACAUGGACGUUCCCAACAGUUAUCACAUUUCUCCCUGCUCUAGUCAUCCUAGCAUAUCGAACGCUAGAUAUGCUGUUGAUAAUGUCUGGAGUUUUACCAAAUCGAUACAUGCAAGGAAUUCUCCCUGGAAAGACGUCGGCACAGAUUCCAGACGAAACUGGAAGGUUUGGGGAGACGAUGUCUAGUGAAAAAGUUGUCGUGAUUAUAUUGGCUUCAAGAAGUAAUCACCCACUUGGUAUCCUGUACCCAGGAUACCAAAAGAUAGUUAAAUAUUUCAAUGCGAUGCACGAAGAUUUAGAGAAAAAUCGCAAGAAAUACGGAUAUUUAAGCAGUACCGCAUGGAUCUCCCUCUCGGAUCCAAGCCGCACUGCCGCUCGAGAAAUAAUGCACAUUUUCUACUUCAAAUCCAUAGGCGGACUCAACGAGUUUGCUCACGGCGCGGCGCACCGCGCAGGGUGGGAUUGGUGGAACCAUACGGUCAAGGAGCAUCCGGAUCUAAGUAUGAUGCAUGAGCUUUAUGAAGUUCCGGCGGGGAAUUGGGAGAAUAUCUAUUUGAACUAUUGGCCUGCUAGUUUUGGAUCAUCGGUGUUUCCAAUUCGGCGAACUCCAGAGAUAUCAAAGACGGGUGAAUUGGAAGUGGAAGAAUCGUUCGAAAAGGGCACGGAGGGGACUGAAUGGAUUGGAGGCCUCAUUGACGCAUCUAAGGCGUCCCUACUGACAAGUGAGCAAAGAAUGGGGCGAUCGUAAUGAUGAGAGUGUUCUGUAUACUUGGAUAAGCAAUGAGCCAAUGAGAGCAGAGUUUCAUGAUACUAGAAUCCUUCCAUUUGCGGCAGAUUCACGUGACCGCCGUACCUUCUCGAAGCUGCGGGCCGAGGCAGCCGUGAUUACGCAUCGGCGAUUAGAUAAGCGAUAAUAAUAAGUUAAGAUAACGACUCCAUC